AUGUACAUCUCGUCGCCGUUUGUUGGACGGAUCAUCGAUCGGUACGGGCCGACGGUGCCCCUCCUGGGUGCGGGCACCUUGAUCACGAUGGGCUACGGGAUACUGUGGCUGUUGUUCAGGACGCCGAGUCUACUGCCGUUGGUGUUCGUGCAGACCUUCGUGGGAAACCUGUUCGCCGGCCUGGGCUCGUCGAUCGCCAACAGCUGUGCGAUCACCGGCACCGCAUCCGUCUUCGAGCCCGCCCAUCGGGCCACGGCCAUCGGCACCGUCCUGGCCGGCUUCGGCCUCUCGGCCUUCUUCUGGACGGCCAUCGGCUCCCAUAUCGCCCAGUCUGACACCGCCGUCUUGCUCGCCCUCUUGAGCAUCGGGCCCUCCCUCGCCAUCCUCCUCGGCGCCUCUGGGUACCGUCUUGUCGGCAUCGGCCGCCAUACUCACUCCACCUCGGCACACCAAGAUCAACCACCUUCCGAUUACCGUCAAUCUGCCGAAGACAGCCGGCUGCUGCCGGUCAAGAAGCCGCUAGAAAUCACCGGUUGGGACUUGGUCAAGCAGCCGGACUUUUGGAUGAUUUGGAUCGUCAUGAGCUGCUGCUGUGGUACCGGAUUAAUGAUCAUCAAUAAUCUAGGUACGAUGUUGGUUGCCAUAUACGGACCGAUACCGACCGACAGCCCAGACCAGACGGUCAGGAUAUACCAAGCGCACGCCGUCUCAGUGUUGUCGAUCUUUAAUUGUACUGGGCGGAUCUUCGCGGGGACCCUGUCGGAUCUGGUGAAGCGCAGGCUGAUGAUUGGACGGGUGUGGUGGCUGAGCUGGAUCUCGAGUUUGUUCCUGCUGAGCCAACUGCUCGGAUACUACGUGGUCGGCGAUCUGGAUCAUGUGGUCUGGCUGGGCGCCCUGGUCGGCUUUGCGUAUGGGAACAUGUACGGUGCCGGGCCGGCGUUGGUGCUCGAAUGGUUCGGCCUGAGACACUUUGCGACGAACUUCGGACUGCUCAACUUGGCCCCCCUGUUCUGCGGGCAGCUCUUCAACCUGAGCUUCGGCAAGAUCUUCGACCGCCACUCCCGCCCGGUGUCCAGCCCUGCUGAUGACCACCGUCUGGUCUGUGUCGACCGCCAGGGGUGCUACCAGGCCGCCUUCCUCAUCACUAUCUGCAGUGCUCUCCUCUCCUUGUCCCUGUCGAUCUCCCUCGGCUUCAGACGCUCUGAAUUCCCUUCGACACAUCCUAAAUCGAACUCCAAAUCGAGGGACGAUGAUGAAUCUGCGCCAAUCCUCAGAUCGUCCACUGACGAUCUUUGA